CAGAUGAUCAUUGUGAUUCGCCAUGCGCAGAGCGAAGGAAACAAGAAUCGCGAUAUCCACCAGAUGAUUCCUGAUCAUCGUGUCAAGCUCACAGAAGAGGGCAAGAAGCAGGCAGAGGAAGCAGGCCGACGACUACGAGGAAUGCUCAAACCAGACGAUACCAUCCAAUUCUUCACCUCUCCCUACCGCCGUACCCGCGAGACGACCGAAGGCAUCCUCUCGUCCUUGACGUCCGAAAGCGAGCAAGAUGGACCCUCGCCGUUUCCCCGCCACACCAUCAAGGUCUUUGAAGAGCCGCGAUUGAGAGAACAAGACUUUGGCAACUUCCAGCCAUGCAGCUCCGAAAUGGAACGCAUGUGGCAAGAACGAGCUGAUUACGGUCACUUCUUCUACCGUAUUCCCAACGGCGAGAGUGCCGCCGAUGCAUAUGACCGUGUCAGUGGCUUCAACGAGAGCCUGUGGCGCAACUUCAGCGACGACGACUUCCCUUCCGUCUGCGUGCUUGUCACCCACGGUCUGAUGACACGAGUCUUCCUCAUGAAGUGGUACCACUGGUCGGUCGAAUACUUCGAAGACCUCCGCAAUGUCAACCACUGCGAGUUUGUCAUCAUGAAGAAGAACCUCGAUAGCGGCAAGUACGUCCUACAAAACCAGAUGCGCACAUGGUCAGAGUAUAAGAGACGGGCCAUACCGCAACACAACCACCAAGUCACUGCCUCGCAGCUCGCUUCUCCCGCUAUACCUGCCCGGAAAUGGGGUGGUUGCGUCGGCGGCUGCACACAUCAACACUCAAAGUACCCUCGCCGC